AUGGGGCAAAAGAAAUGUUUUGGUUCUAUUGCUUCCAGUGAAAUGGGGAAUGUUUAUACCUCGAGCUUUCUUGUUGGUGCUCCCAUCGACGUCGAGUCAACGCUAGCGUCAUUGACUCUUGCUGAGAAGAUCUCUCUUCUUUCUGGUUCCGACUUUUGGAAUUCUCAAGCCAUAUCAUCUCAUGGCAUCUCUUCAGUAAAAUGCACUGACGGGCCCAAUGGUGCCCGAGGAGGGAGAUUCUUCAACCCUGUUCCAGCAUUAUGUAUCCCUUGUGGAACUGGCCUUGGUGCAACCUGGAACCCGGAUCUUCUCUAUUCAGCAGGUCAACUACUGUCUAGAGAAUGUGAUGCGAAAGGUGCACAUGUUUGGCUAGGCCCUACAGUCAAUCUGGUCCGUGGACCCCUCAAUGGUCGCGGUUUUGAGAGCUUCUCUGAGGAUCCGCACCUGAGUGGUGUAUUAGCCACGGCAAUAAUCAAUGGAGUUCAAAGCAGGGGCACAGCAGCAGCCCUGAAACACUUUGUGGCCAAUGAUCAAGAAACGGCCAAAAUGUCGACGGAUAUAUGUAUGUCAGAGAGGGCGUUGCGCGAGGUUUACCUCAAACCCUUCCAGAUGGCAGUCAGGGAUGCUAAACCCAAGAUUGUUAUGUCUUCAUAUAACAAGGUCAAUGGCGUACACGUGUCAGAAAGCAGGAAGCUUCUGAAAGAUGUAUUGCGAAGUGAGUGGGGUUUCGACGGUCUAGUCAUGAGUGACUGGUACGGCACAUAUGGUUGCACCGAUGCACUCAAUGCGGGCGUGGAUAUUGAGAUGCCAGGUCCCUCAAGACAUCGCGCUGACAAGGCCUUGGUGGCAGUCGUUUCAGGCAAGGUCAGUCGCAAGACGAUAGACGAGCGAGCCAGAAAGGUUCUCGAGCUUGGAAAUGCCACUGCUUCAGCUCGAGUAUCGACGAAAGAGUCAACUCGUGACUCGCCUGAGGACAGAGAACUAAACAGGCGACUCGCGACGGAGAGUCUUGUGCUUUUGAAGAACUCAGACAAAAUUUUACCCAUCAAUCCUCAAGAUUGUGAAGAUAUCGCGAUCAUUGGACCAAACACCAAACUUCCUGCAGCUUGUGGUGGAGGAAGUGCGAAUCUACGACCAUAUUAUACCAGCUCGGUCUUUCAAGGAAUCAGCGACCAACUUCCCUCAAAUGCAAAUGUGCAUUUUGAACCUGGGGUAUUUGGUCACGUCUUGUUGCCAUAUUUCACAGGUAACCACGUCACGGAUGAGAAUGGGUUGCCUGGUGUCUCUAUCUCUUUCUUCAAUGAGCCUGAGUCAGCGUGGCAAACAAGGAAGCCAUUUGACCAGCAGAGUAUACCCGAUACAACAUAUCAACUAAUGGACUAUGACCAUCCAGAAAGGGGUGGGACGUUCUACAUGUCCAUGACUGCGUACUACAAACCAGAUAUAGAAGGUACCUAUGAAUUCGGUCUCGCCAGCUAUGGAGUCUCGAGGCUCUAUAUAGAAGAACAUCUGGUCAUCGACAACGCUACAUCGCAGACCCAUGCCGGGAUGUUCUUUGGCCAUGGAUCCAGAGAAGAGCGUGGAACAUAUGAUAUGAAGGCUGGUAAGACAUAUCGACUGCGCGUUGAAGCUGGUAGUGCAUCGACUUCAAUAACAACAGGCGGCUCCUUCAUUCCCAUACCAGGUGGAGCAUGCCGCCUGGGCGGUUGUCUCAAACUUGAUCCCAAAGAAGGCAUAAGACGUGCUGUCACAGUUGCAAAGAAAUGUAAGCACACUUUCGUUAUAGUCGGCCUCAAUGCAGAUUUCGAAAAGGAGGGCAAAGAUCGAGAGUCUAUGAGCCUACCGCCGCAUGUCGACGACCUUGUCUCUGCGGUGCUAAAGGCUCAACCGAACGCUAUAGUGGUGACUCAAGCUGGAAACCCGAUUGAGAUACCAUGGCGACAUAAGGCGAAGACUAUAUUGCAUAGCUGGUACGGGGGAAAUGAGGCGGGCAAUGCAGUUGCCGACGUGGUCUUCGGCAAGGUCAAUCCCAGUGGCAAAUUGCCUAUCACAUUCCCGAGCAGACUUCAAGAUGGACCGACUUUCUUAAGUUUUGGAAGUGAUAACGGAAGGAUAUACUAUUCCGAGGACGUUUUCGUUGGGCAUCGCUGGUUUGAUGCUCGGGGCAUUGAGCCAGCCUUCGAAUUCGGGUAA